GAUCCCAUAUUUCUCUUCAGCAUACAAAGAACAUAUCUAGAUCCUAGUGAUCUAGUUGGUUCCAUCCUAUAUUUAUGAUCUGCUGCAAACAGAUGAUCGACAUAUCACCUGGCAUUUCUUUUGUACACCGACACUACCACCAUGUCUCCGAACCAGCGACAUUACCUACGCAGCGAAGCCAAUCCUUCCGAGAGUACCCACACAGCCCAGCAGCUCUUCUACGAGGUAAAGAGAAGGAUUCUCACCAGCAACGGUCCAGGCUAUUUCCAGUACAAUGUUUCAGACCCCAGCAUUGGCUUGCUGCUGUCGAAAAGUCUCGAUAGCAACGGGGAGAUCGAACGUCGUUCAGUCCACAUCUCAUAUAACUCAUUUACGCGCAUUCUGUCCAUCAAAACGCCCAUUGCGUUUCAGAAUUCUCAUAUAGCUUGGGCUGUCCGCGAGUUCGCACUGAGUCUAUCUAGCGGCUUCUUUACAUUGCAGGAGUUUGACGCGUUUAUUUUCUCUUCUGAUAGUACUUUUGAAAAUUUCUUGCCGCCAUAUGAGAACUCACUUAAGCAACCAGAUGCCUAUUUUCGUCUCCCGGGGUCACGCCAUCCGACUAUUGUUUUCGAGGCGGGUUAUUCGGAAUCCUAUCCACAGUUAAUCUGUCAUAGGGACAUCUGGAUAAACGGAACGUCAGAUGUAAAUGUCGUAAUCAUCCUAAAGUGGUCUCUAGUACAGAGUGGAACGAUCGUAGAAGGAUUCCUGGCAGUUUGGAGACGGAAUUCUUUAACUUGUCAACGUUUUGAGAUAUUCCCAGCUCCUCCGCUAGGGGUCCCGGCACAGGAAAUCACCCUUUAUAGGGGGGAUUUUUAUCCUUCGGGUCAGGUACCUUUUGGCAGAAAUGCUAGUGAUAUAUGGCAAUGGCCGUUGGAUUCCCUCCGCACUAGAGGCAGCCCGGAUGAUCCAGGACAUCCAAAGGGGUAACCUGGUGUUCCCCCCAAACCAAGGACACCAGCCCAUCGCAAAGAAGGGAGUGACGUCUACCUCCGCGUCACAAGGGGCGCUCCGAAACUUUAUACACACCAAUUCAUAG